AAAUCAACCCCGAGCAUCCCAUGAGAUUCAUCUGGGUGAUGCAGAAGGACGCGACAUCGAUGGUUUGGUAGGCGAUUGUUCCUCGUUACCCAAAAGCCAUGGCGCCCGGCACACUCCUUCCUCGCCGCCUGCGGUCGCGGAGAAUCCUGCGCGCGCUGCUGCUCCUUUUCGUGGUCUGGAACGCGGUCGAGGUGCAUUACAUUUGCCGCCGCCUGCAGCAGGCCGCGGUCCACCCGCUCCCGGGCUCGGCCAUCGCCCAGCCCGGUGCCGGCUCCGGGGCCUCGGCCUCAUCGCCCGAUGCCGGCAGUGAGAGCACCAACACCAACAAAAAUGAGGACGCAGUCAAGACGCGCCGCUGGCAGGCCGCCAUUGACGACCUCCAGAAGUCGCUCCGCCUGCAGCGCCCUCCCCGCGUCUACAUCGCGAGCCUGCACUGGAACAACGAGGCCAUCCUGCGCAGCCACUGGAACGCCGCCGUGCUGGACCUCGCCCGCGCCCUCGGCCCCGAGAACGUCUUUGUCGCCAUCCACGAGAGCGGCAGCUGGGACCGCUCCGCCGACGCCCUGCGGGAGCUCGACGCGGCCCUGGGGGACCUCGGCGUGGCCCGCGACAUCGUCCUCGACCCGACCACCCACAAGGAAGAGGUCGAGAGGGAGGUACCGCCAGGGACGCCGGGCUGGAUCCCCACGUCGCGCGGCCGCCACGAGCUGCGCCGCAUCCCGUACCUCUCGCGCCUGCGCAACCGGUCCCUGGCGCCCCUGCGCGACAUGGCCAACCCUGCCGCCGUCGCCGAUGCCACGGGGAAGGGCACGGACGUCAAGGACGGCCCCCGGGCGCGCACUUUUGAUCGCGUCCUCUUCCUCGGCGACGUCGUCUUCACCGUCGACGACGUCCUGGCCCUGCUCGCCACCAACGGCGGCAGCUACGGCGCCGCGUGCUCGCUCGACUUCCAGAAGCCCCCGUCAUAUUACGACACCUUUGCGCUCAGAGACGCCGACGGCCACGAGCACGCCACCCACACCUGGCCUUACUUCCGCUCCUUCACGUCGCGUCGCGCCAUGAAGCUCAGCGUGCCCGUGCCCGUCAAAAGCUGCUGGAACGGUUUGGUUGCGAUGCCCGCUCGCCCCUUCACAAUCGCAGAGGACCCUCUUGCUUUCCGCGGCAUCGACGACAGUCUGGCGCUGCACCACCUUGAAGGGUCCGAGUGCUGCCUCAUACACGCCGACAACCAGCUCUCGUCCACCAAGGGCGUCUUCCUGAACCCCAACGUCCGCGUCGGCUACCACGGCGAGGCCUACGACGCGGUCCACCCUCCGCCCGGCAAGGCUUGGCUAUCUCCCCUGCAAGUCCUGGUGGGCCUCUGGCGGAACCGACUCCGCCGCCUUACCACCACCCCGGCCAUCAAAGAGUGGCGCGCCCGGAAGCUGGUCGAGCAGUGGAAGAAGGAGGGGGAGAAGGAGACGGGUAGCGACGACAGCAAGAAGCCCACUCAGCGGCCAGGGCAAAAGAAACGGGAUGAAAAGGGCACGUUCUGCCUCAUCAAUGAGAUGCAGGUGCUAGUGGAGAAUGGAUGGGCCCACGUAUGAAGUUGACGGAGAGUCGAGGAAAUAAUCGAAGCCGACCUACACAGUCGGGAAAAGCAGCAGAGGGAGUGCCUCAACAGCAACUCCCCUGGCGUCAACGCCUAUCACGCCAAACGAGCUACUUUUGGACAGCACCAGUCAUCCGACGAGGGACGAUUCGGCAUUCUGCUCUGUGGGGAGUACAGAGCACCCACAUAGAAGGGAUCAGAAUGGAGCCCAAAUAUUGGACUAGAACACAAGGUUAUCGGCUACCUACGCACGGCUGGGGACAAAAGGUGGUGCAUGCGGAACUCUAUCAAAGGGUAUCGCAAGUCAGCCCAGGCGUGCCCCCGAAGAGUAUCGGUGUAUAACUAUGCAAAUCGCGCUUGGAUAGAUUGAGUUACGAGGCUCGGAUUUGAAAAUGAAUAGAGAAACUUGGAAUCGGAUCAUCACGAAUUAGCUGGUGGACUUAUAUUCAACUCGAAUUCCCGCGACUCGGUCCACGUAGGUUGGCGAUUCCCACCAG